GUCUCUGUAGCCGUGAUCACUGAGCAAUAAAAAAAAAGCCGUCUAUAUAAAGGACGACAGUGUUGAAAGAAUGUUGAUAGUCUCUUGCACUUGAAGGAGUGAGUGAAGAAGACAGCGCUGUGCAGUUGUUGAUGCGAAGAACGAUGGUUUGUAGUAGUGGUGGUGGUGGUGUAAUUAUAUCUAAUGCUUGUAUCGCAGGUCUGCUGAAGGAAGGACAGGUACCUCUAUUCGAUACGAUCCAAACCAGAGAAUGAAAUUGGUUUAGAAUGCGCUCGAUAAAGGAAACCGAAAGACUGAAGACGCAAAUGAAAGAGAGAGCGAGAGGGAGGGGAAUUAAGACUAGAGAGAUAAAAAAGAGAGGAAGGGAAGAGGAGGACCAGAUGAGGAUCGAGACGAGUCUAAAAAGGGCAAAAAUGGAAUAGAAUAAUAAAAAUGAUAAUAAUAAUAAUUAAAAAUAAUGAAGGAAAUAAAGAAGAUUAAUUUGAGAAGGACGAGAGGACAGUCGCGGGGAAAAUGAGAGACAGGGCCGAUAUGGACAAGAGAGGAAUAGGAAACGGCCAGAAGGAUAGGCAGUGGAUAAAAGAGCGACUGAUCUGCUUGUGCUACGAGGUAGUAGCGCCGUACGUAGUGAGCAGUACUAAGACUGGAGCCGUACUUUUUAGUCUGGCGAGUCUGAGCCUUUUUGGG